AUGUUGUCCAAUACUUUAUUAGCUUUGUUAGCUACUUCUGCUUCUGCUUUAGCUGCUUCCAACAGUGUUGCUGUCUACUGGGGUCAAAAUGGUGCUGGUGGUCAAGACAGAUUGAGCACCUACUGUGCUGAUUCCAGCGUUGAUGUUGUCAUCUUGUCUUUUUUGAACGAUUUCCCAGACCCAACUAAUGUCAAUUUUGCUAACCAAUGUGGUGCUACUUACCCAUCUGGUUUAUUGCAUUGUUCUGCUAUUGGUGAAGAUAUCAAAACCUGUCAAGCUUCAGGUAAAAAAGUUUUGUUAUCGCUUGGUGGUGCUGCUGGAAACUACGGAUUUUCAAGCACAGGUGAUGCUACUGCUUUUGCUGAUACUUUGUGGAACAAAUUUGGUAAUGGUGAAGAUGAAGAAAGACCAUUUGAUGAUGCCGUUGUUGAUGGUUUUGAUUUCGACAUUGAAUUGGGAUCUUCAACUGGUUACCCAGAAUUGGCAACUGCUUUAAAAUCUAAAUUUGAUUCAUCAAAGAAAUACUACUUGUCUGCUUCUCCACAAUGUGUUUAUCCUGAUGCUCAUGUUGGUCCUUUGUUGGAACAAGUUCCUUUGGAUUUUGCUUUUAUCCAAUUCUACAACAACCCAUGUUCAGUUGAUGGUGACUUCAACUAUGACACUUGGGCUCAAUUUGCUGAAUCGUCACCAAACCCAGACUUGAAAUUAUACGUUGGUGUUCCAGCUACUGGUAACGUUGCUGGUUACGUUGAUGCUGCUACUUUGGCCAAGACUAUUGAUCAAAUUAAAUGUGAUGAACAUUUUGCUGGUGUUUCUCUUUGGGAUGCUUCCGGUGCUUGGAUCAACACUGAUGCUUCCGGUGCCAACUUUGCUGAUCAAGUUAAGAAAGUUUUGAAUGACAACACUUGCCCAGCUCCAUCAUCAUCAUCAUCAUCAUCAUCAUCAUCAUCAACUUCUGCCCCAGCUUCUUCUACUGAGAACAAAGACAUUGUUGACCCAACUAGUGUCGUAGUCUCACCAUCUGGAGGAUACAAAAACACCACCUCUACCAAUGACCCAAUUGUUUCUACUGCCACUGAUAUUCACACCACUAUUGUUACCAUCACUUCUUGUGAAGCUAACAAAUGUAGUGAAGUUCCAGUUACCACUGGUGUUUUGACCAUCAGUGAAGUUGAUACUGUAUACACUACUUACUGUCCAUUGCCAACUACCAGUGCUAAACCAACCACCACUGCUAAGCCAUCUACCUCAGUUAAGGCCUCAGUUUCCACUGCCUCCAAUGUUGAAACCACUAUUGUUACCAUUACUUCUUGUGAAGCUAACAAAUGUAGUGAAGUUCCAGUUACCACUGGUGUUGUUACUGUUACUGACGUUAACACUGUUUACACUACUUACUGCCCAUUGCCAACCACUACUUCUGCUGCUGCUCCAGCCCCAGUUGCCCCUGUUGAAUCAUCAUCAGCUCCAGCUGCUGAAACUACUGCUGCUCAAACUGUUCAAACUUCAGAAGCUGAAGCUGUCACCACCGUUGGAACUGGUGCCGAAGCUGAAACUCUUACUACUACUUUCGAAUUAACUUCAACUGUUGCUCCAGAACAAGCCCCAUCAUCAUCAGUUGCUGCUCCAGAAAUCAUUUCUACUUAUGAAGGUGCUGCCGCUUCAAACAAAGCUAUGUGGUUCACCGUUCCACUUGUUUUUGUUGCUGCCUUGUUGUAA